AUGCCUAGGAAAAUGCGUCGCCGAGCGCUGAAGUCGAGAUACAACUUCUAUUGCGAAUGUGAAGGAUGUCUCGAUGAAGAGAGGAAUGAGCGAAUGGAAGGAUGGCGCUGCCGGCAGUGCGAGGAUGGUUGGCUGCCACCACUCCUCAAUUCGAAGUGCUCUCGGUGCGGUUGGCGCAUGUCACAGGAAUACUUCGUGAACUGCCGUUCAGCUCAAGAAACUGCAAUGUGUAUCCAUGAUUUUUUAGUAAAUAACGAGAUUAAACUGGAAGUGAAGCUUGAAAUGGCUAACAAG